AUGGGCUGCAGCGGGGUGCUGCUGGCCGCCGUGGCGCUCUUGCUCCUGCAGCAUCUGGGUGAGCAAGCGAGUGAGCAAGUGGCGGAGGGGGGCAUCGGUCCGGGGCUCACGGCGCACUGGGGAAGUUGUUGUAAGAAAUGCCUAUCCUCACAGAGUUUUACAGACCAAGAUGUGUUCGGACAAGCCCUUGAAGAUGCCUUGGAGUUGUUACAACAGGAGUCCAGCAGUGAUUUUGGUUAUGAACCAGUAGAUUAUAACAACUGCUUGACUUAUCAUCACCUUCACAUCAGAACCAAUUCAAGUCACUUGACAGAGUCGUUCACAGAAAAACCACUCUGUAGCUGGAAGAAUACAGUAAAUAUUGAAGCCAACAUACAUCCAGACUGUACUGUCUACCAGGCCCUGCAGACCGUUCCAGAAACUCAAGAGAUUUGUUCUGCUACUCCUCUUCAGCAGAAAGGAGACAAAGGCAGGAAAAAACUGCGCCUCUUUGAAUAUCUUCAUGAGUCUCUUCAUAACCCAGACAUGGCUAACUGCAUUCAAUGGAUCGACAAACGCAACGGGGUCUUCCAGUUCAUCUCCAAAAACAAGGAAAGACUGGCAGAGCUCUGGGGGGAGCGCAAGGGAAACCGUAAGAUCAUGACCUACCAGAAAAUGGCCAGAGCCCUGAGGAAUUAUGGGAAAACAGGGGAAAUAGUUAAAAUCCGGAGAAAGCUGACUUAUCAGUUUGGGCCUAUGGUCUUGCAAAGGUUGUCUCCAGCUUACUUUCUGGAAAAGGGUAUGGAAGUUGGCCAAUACACCCAUCCUGACCAAGGGUGCCCCUAUGCAGAGGACUGGCUCUCUUACCACUAUUACUCUUGCAACAACGGCCAUGAGCUAUAUCCGGCUAGCAGUAACAGAAGUCCUUUCUGA